GUGACAGACAGGAGGAGGAGGAGGGGAUUCAGGGGUUACUAUGGGGGGAGGGAGAUGCACCGAGCUCGCCCCGCUUUACUCAUAGAAAUUAUCUCUCUGGAGCUAAAGGAUAUCGAGCGGAGUAGGCUGUAAACACCAGGGAUCUGGAUGGGUGAGCGAUCUUGCUGGCAGAGAAUGCUAACCCAACAAUGACAGACCUUUAAGUGAUGCACAUUGCUCAUAGAAGACUGAUCAUGGGCUCAUCACACUGGACACUGACAGAGAUCCUCUUACUAGUAUUUCUACACCUGAAAUCCCAUGAGGCAGCACAGGACGCAUAUCUCACAGGACUAAAUAACAACGAUGUUUUGCACACACCUUCUGUGGACUUCUUGCUGUUGACAGAGGGCACCUCCACAGUGUCACCUUUUUGGGUGCAGAGCAGUGUGCCAACCUUUGCUGGAUACGAGGAAGAUGGACAUGUAUCACAAAGUCCAGCUGCAGAUGAGAAUAUUAUGGACUCCAAGCAGCUUUUAAAAGAAAGCACCAAAUCAGAUAACGUCUCUUUGCAGACCCCAUUUAGUAUUGAUAGAACAGCAAAUCAAACAAUAUAUCUAGCUGGAAGUUCUGAUACAGGGUUUCAAACUGUGCCUCAGUUACCAACUUCUCAAUGGUCGAAACCAGAGUUGGUUCAAACAGCAUCUCAGUUUUCAUAUACUGCUCCCCAGUUCACACUAGCAACAGAUCAGGAAUCAAAGUUGAGCUCAAACACAUCUCCUUUUACCACUCCAGUGAAGGGAAGUUACCCUCCUGAUAAAUUAAACACUUUAUCUGCAUCAGAUGUUGUUACAUUUCCAUUAUUUUGGGCCUCAACAAGAAAGACUGAAAAUGAUACAGAACGGUUUGUGGAAAAGAACAGACUGAUAUUGCCUGCAAUGCUAACCACAGCAGAAAACGUAGGUGAAAUGUUUGUAACUGAACCUCCUCCGUAUGUAAUAUCAGACACUACUCUCUCAAAUAGUAUGGAAUCCUUGGAAACUUCCACAGAGGCAGACAGGAAGCCAUUGGAUCCACUGAGUGAAAAACCACCCAAGUUUCCAUUUCCAACUAUAGGAAACACUGACCCACCUGGUCCUGAGUCUGUUUCAAAGGACUCUUUAGUGGAUUCUUCCUUCUUAGAUUGUCUUCAGGCUGAAGAUUGUGAUUUGUCUGCAACACUAAGCACCACCCCCUCUAAUGUGGAAAAUAAGCUCUAUGGACAUUCUUCACUCUUGCCAUCUCAACCAAUCUUCAUUAUGCUGCAUUCUGAUUGGAACACAUCUGUUGCAGACUGGGGUAUAGCCUGGGAGGCCUUGGUGUACGGGUCUGUGGGUCUUUUUGGGUCUGUCACUCUUCUCUCCCUUCUCUCCCUUUUUUGCCUUGUAUUCCGAUGUCCUUCAGGGGGCCCUUAUUUAGCUGUUCUUCAUCUGUUUUUGAUAUUUGUAGGGAGCGGCCGGGCUUUUUCCCUUUUCUACGAUGCAUAUGGGCACCAAGAAAGACUACCAGUUUUCAUUGCUAUCCUUUUGCAUGAACUGGCUUUUCCUUGUAUGACAACAAGUUUCAGCAUCGUAUUCCUACUGCUGUCCUCAAGAUGUCAGAUGCAGUGCUCCACUCCACGUUUACUUCGUCUCUGCAUACUAUCUGCUAUAGUGGUUUUCCACUUUGUUGUCUCAGCAGGAACAGUGGUAUUAGUUGAUUUCUUACACAAAUUUGCAUUCCUUCUACUUGUAUCCCAUGGAGUCUAUAUAAUUUUGACUGUUCUUCUUUCUCUCUCCUUCUUCAUCUUUUGUUGUGUUGCACGAGUCCAAACCACUCAGAUUUAUGACCUUAAGAAUUCAGCUCCUCCUGUAGAAUAUAGAAGUGGUUGUCCUUUUGCAAAUGCAAAAGAUUGGAGUCGGGCAACUCACAUUGUUCUGGUUGCUUCAUUUUUUGGUCUUUUAAAUGCCGUCCUUCAGCUUUAUGCAGUGCUUUAUGCCAUGGGCUAUGGUGGAUCAAUUGUGUUUGGACCCUGGACUUGGUGGGCCUUCCAGCUCAGUUCAAGCCUAUGUGAAGUAGGUGCUUGUCUGCCCCUUGCUGUAGUUGGUACCUACCCCCUCUUUAGUUCUAACGAUAUUGGGCGGAACAAUUGCUGGACUAAGUUAUUUUGUCUUUCUCCUGGCCAUGUCACCAUGAAAGCCAACAUUCUUCAGGCCAAUUCUCAGUGGUCCUCAUCCCAGCAUGAGAAACUGCUGAUCUGUGACACAAUCAUCAGAAGUGACUCAGAGUUUUUUCCCCUUUAUACACUUGUGGAGAAACGAAUGAGCCUUGGAGAAGACAUAAGUUUAAUCUACAACAGCACUAAGAGCCUAGAGGUACAAGGCUUGAGCCAUCAAAAGACACCAUCUUUUAUUAGUGUACAGGUGGACAGUGACUCAACUGUUGAUUUCCAGCCCCCGUCACCAAUCAACUUGCGUCGCAGCAUCGAUGAGGCAUUAUUUAGUGAAGCUCUAAUACCUAAGAGUCUGUUUCAUGGCACAGCAUUGUCCAGCAGCCUGUCUCUCACUAUCAAGAGUACCACACAACUGGAAGAAAACAUUUUCAGAGAGAAGGCCUCUGACAGGGGACUUUAUCGAACUUCUUCCUGCAUGGAGAUAGACACUGGUUUUCCAGCUGCAAGGCCUGCUUCCACCACUUGCAGACAGGGUAAUUUAUCCUCCCCUUCUUCACAGGUAUGGAGAGGUAGAGAAAGCACCACUAGCUCUCUAUACAAGAUAUCCCAAGAUGGAUCAUCCUUGGCUCUUUGUUUAAGUUCUGACAAUGCAGACUCCUCUGCCUACAACUAUGAGCAUAAACAAGGAUGUAGCCAGCAGUCAAAGGGAGCGUAUCAUACUUUGCUUCCUCCAUCUCAGGAGUCACUGGAUAUAGCCACUAAACAAGAAAACUCCUUGUGUGAUGACUUCAAAGAUGUGUUUGUGCCCAUUGAUGCAAUGAGUGUUAGCAGUGACACUAUAGACCUCUGAAGGAGCUCAUGAAUUGUAUUACUGGAAAGACAGAAUACAAAAACUGAAGGACGCUUAAGUGCACGUUUUAACAUUUACAAGGAUCCAUAAGACAAUAAGGCAUACAUUUUACUUUUUUUCUGAAAUAAUAGAUAAUUCAUUUGCAAGAUGAAAUGGGAAAUAUGGAUUUUAAAAAUUGCUACUGAGCUUUCCAGUACUUGAAUAUUAUACAUAAACAUUACAGGAUAUUUACAAAUCUUUAUAUUCUUUUUUCCCCAUUAUUUUAUAAUGAUAUCAUAUAUACACAUUAAAAAAAAAUAUUGUAAAUGGUUGGAUAUAUUUUCCUGCUCAUAGUUGUACAGUUAAACUUGUGAUUUAAAUCACUGUGGGUUCUGCAUUCAUACCCUUGUCAAGAGUAGUGUGAGUUCAUUAUAUAUUUGCUGUUGGUUCAGACAACAUAUCGAAGUGAAUCUUUAUUUGCCCAGUUACGAGAACUUUAACAAAUAUCUAAAAAGAUGACUUGUUAAUUGAGUAUUAGAGGGUUAAUAUAUUCUUAUGUGUAUUCGAAAUUUGUAUUUAUUGAAAAUAAUGUGGUUACCAUUUUCAACAUCCAUAGCAUACAAAUCAAUCCACAAAUAUGUUCCAAAAGUACAAUAGUAAACAUAUGUUGGGGGGGGGGGAAGAUUUGCCAGAGGAUAUUAUAAUCAAGUAGCAAGACGUGUACUGCCAAAGUCUUAGUAUUAUAUGGCAUGUCAAUGGUGGUUGGGUAAUAUUUUGGCAAAUACCAAAUUGUACAUUUGAGUCAGGGUAUGAUUGGAAUUCUGUAUCUCCAUCACAGAAAGCAAUAUGUAUUAUUUUUUUAAUUUUAAACUCAGCAGGUUAUAUAUUAUCCAGUUACUUACUGAUAAGGGCCUUUAAAGGAACAGUAACACCAAAAAAUGAAAUUCUUUAAAAGUAAUGAAAAUACAAUGCUCUAUUUGCUGCAUUGGUAAAAUUGAUGUGUUUGCUUCAGAAACUGUACAAUAGUACUUGUGCUGUGUAGCCAUGGGGGCAGCCAUGCAAAGCUGAAAAAGGCACAGAAUAUGGGAUUCUUCAGAAUCUGUUGUGUAUCCUGUGCUUGAAUGGCUACCCAACAGCGUGUUUCUAUAAACUAUAGUAGUGUUUCUGAAGAAAACACAACAGAUAUACCAGUGCAGGGCAACAGUACAUUAUAUUGUUAUUCUUAAUUUGAAUAGUUAAUGAUACAUAGUUAGUUCAAAAAAGAAAAUCUGCACGUCUAUGGCCAGCUUUAGCAUUGGACCCAGAAGGCAAAACCAACUACAAGCAUCACAUUCUUUAGUACUUUUCAUUGAGUGACUGACUACAAAUAUGCUUUUUAACAUGAAUCAUGGUAUAUAAACAGUAUAUUUUGAUACUUCCCUUUACUCCGUUGAUAUCGAACAAGAUUUCUUAAAUACUGAAAUUCUGGCAAAGAAUUCAGGUCAUUGCACAGUUGUAAGUUUUUUUAAAGUUAUGUUGCACACAAUUACUUUCAUCUCCCACCUCAUAUUGUAUUUCCUUAAUGACUGAUAAGUAAAGAAUGUGAACGGAUUUAUUAAUAAAGUAUUUUCAGACUUUAGAGUCAGAUUUUUUAGCUAUA